CAUAUACGAUCAUGUUCGCUGUCGACUCCCGCCCAUAACUUCCGUAUCCUACUCACGAUGACAACCGUAAGCGCUCAAGUAACUUCCCGACGACGCUCCCCAGUACGCUAUAUAAGACAGCGUAAGAUGGUCGUCGACUCACUGCGCUUUCAUCUCCAAUCCCGCCCCUCUCCCCUUCUGCCCAAUCUCCCUGACUAAACGAUGCAUUAUCGUAUGGGCUCCUCUUCCUCUUCACACAGCCACAAGUCUUGGGGGUCACCAUCUGACCGUUCAAGUUCGUCGGCAUCCCCGGCACCCCCAGCGCCCAUCCCAAACACGCCGUACUUGCAUCCAGUAUCGCUCCCGAUACCAGCUAUAAACGCACCCCACCUCCAUACGGUGUCCCUCCCCCACCCUAAUGCACAUCUGCACCAACCCCCUGUGCCGCAUCACCAUUCUUCUACAACCCACUCUUCCAUGAUAGUCUUACACCCCCUCUUGAGUCGUGGUCCAAAUAUAAUGUUCAACGUCAUGCUAGACCUAGCAUAUGUGCAACUGCGACCAGACUGUCCGCCUACCAGGAUUUGGGAGUUUGCGCUACAACCAACAGUCUCUCGUAUGACCAUUACUAUUCCUGAGCUCCCUGCUUGGAUAAUAGAAGUUGUAAACCCCCACGGCAUCACCGUGAAUGACGUCUUGCUCAAGAUACGGGAAACCCUCAACCAAGGUGUUACAUCACACGAGAUGCAAAUGCACAGACCUUCUAAUGCGGUUAGUGCCGCUAUCGAGUCUUUUAGGGCUAGGUCCCGUGCAGACCAGCGCGAACACGCGCUGGGCGUAAAACGUUUUGACUUUUUGGGCCCCAAAGUCUUCUUCGUUGGCCUCACUAGAGCUCGAGACGGCUCGGAUAGCUGGAAUAUUCACUUCUCUCAGAAUGUUUGAUUAUUGCCUUGCGCGGGUCGCAUUGGCUCGUCACUUGUCAUUUCUCAACACAUCAGAUCUCAGUAUAUGAUCGCACUCGCCUCCAACGGACUACAAUCGGACUUCAUCACCGCCAGCUCUUCCUUCACUUUCAAGUUGUAUUAUCGUUGCCGCCACGACUCACUCACGUUUGUAUAAACCACACCCUACUCACAUAUUCAUCGCUAUCAUGGACUACGAUCAGACUUCGUCACCGCCAGUUCUUAUUUCACUUUGUAUCAUCAUCACAACUCACUUCUGCACAUCUACCCCCUACUCACAUUUUUAUCACUAUCUUGCUAUAUCUCCCACUGCAAUGCUUUCGAUGUACCGGAACGGACUAGUCACGUAUACUUUACAACCCCCACAAUGCAAUGUAUUUGUAUCAUGUG